AUGGCCCGGAGCAAGGAGCAGUGGAACGCGCAACAGCGGGCGUUGCAUACUCAGAACAAGUCAAAAAGUGCUUUUUAUCAAGGCGACGUCAAGGAAAGUGGGCUAACGCCGUCCGGCUCGAGGGUUUUGGGACCGUUUGUGAGCCCAAAGCUUCUCCACAUGGACCGGUUCAACUCUGGUGCCCCAUCUCCUGCGUCCCCUGCUACUGCUGUUACGAAUCUGAGGACUUUUGAAUUCGGUCAUGCUCCAAGACUGGAACAUUUGAACGACUGCCAGUCAAAUCAAGUGAUUGACUUGACAAUGGACGAUGAAGAUAGUGAAAAAGACGAGACUGUGGAACAACCAAUUGGUAGUGGACGAGUGGCUCCAGCUGCAGACGGCGCACCAGCCUAUGCACUUAGUUCACGGGCAUCGGACAGUACUAACAACGAGACUGCAGUAGUGAAAAUGCAGUUGAAGCAUCACGGAGAAAUGACGUCAGAGAUAAAGAUGCCGAUGACCGAAGAUAUCGAGUCGGACGUGGACGAGGAGUGGCCGCUUGUGCCAGGAGCUCCGGUAUCGUCGAUGACAUCGAAGGAGUCGCUGUUGAUAGAUCAUCAAGCUGCUUAUAGUCGGACGGAGGAGGAUGUGGGAGCAACGUUGGACGCUAUUUGCAAGACAGUUUCGUUGUUUCAAGGGGAAUCAGGUGAUGGUAAUUCGGAACAGAAUGAUCAGGCUGACACGAGGUGGCAACACAAGUCCACGCUAAACUUGUGUGACGACAAGGGGAGUAGCACGACAGACACGGACGUGGGCGAAGGUAUUUCACACCACGCGCUUGAAGAGAACGAGGAUGCUGCACGCGUAGUCACCCUGCCAGAUCCAAUUAAUGAAUGUGAAAACUUGGAAGAUGGAGAGAUUUUUGAAGAAGGAGGUCCUCCCGUGUCAGUGUUGCCGAUAAAAAUAGUGGAACCUACACCAUCUGUGCAUGUCAGUACAGCCUCGGUGGACGCAAUGGGAACUAAUUCGCAUCCACGACAUAAGAAGCAAAAGAAACGGGGCAAGAAGAAGGCAAAGCGAAAGCUGGAGACAAUGCAAACACUGCAUGCCUCGCCAUGUGAAAUCGGUACUGUUUUUAAGCGGACAGUACGCCAGCGACCGUACGUUAGUGCCUCGCCAUCCGAUCAACACAGGCAUGGAACUGUAAGGAACGGCACAAGAGGCGAGGCGAUGGACGUACGUCCUGUGUUCCAAGAUCCGCCCCCAGCUUUUUUUCAUGCUAGUGGCCCUCAUGCUGGCGGCCCUCGUGCGGGCAUUCUACAUCCGCCGACAGGACCCUCGCAACAGCAUCGAUUGGCUCCCCCACCUGUACUGCAGUACGGAGAUAGUCAGAUUUUGCGCGUGAAUCGUCAAGGCAGUGCGCAGAUGCUUGAAGGUGGAGCUGGGCCGCCUGUUCGCGCGACUUUCUCGGAGCCGCUGAUGCAAGUUGGGGCUGCGUUGCCUCUCCCUCGGACGUAUUUGGAGCCGCCGAUGCAAGUCGGGGCUCCGUUGUCUCUUUACCCAACAUUUUCAGAUCGACCUGUCCAGGGUGGGGCUGGGAUGUCUUUUCCUCGAACGUUUUCGGAGCCACUGGUGCAAGGUGGGUUUCGAUAUCGGUCGAUGCCGGCAUCUUCAUCUCUACCCGUGUCAAAUAGACAAGGCUUUUCGUUGAAGCACUUUCAGAGUACUUCAUCCCGGCCCCCACCCGUAUCCGCCCCAUGUCAUGAUGUUGCUGUUAGUAAGAAGCGUGAUGAGUCGGACGAUUUCAAUUUGGACAGUCUCCGAGUGGCUGCGCUUCGAAGCAAGACGAAGCAUGUAGUCAAGACAACGGAAUCGACAGGCCAAAAAGUGACUGUCGCACAGUCUUCUCCGCCACCGUUGCGGUCGCCUUCUAUCUUGGGCGAGAAUGAAAAAGGACGAGAAAACCAGGAAAGUCCUGAGGUUGAUGAACUACGUCUCGAGAUAUUACAGUCGAUGAAAAGGAAGCGGCAUUGCACUGUGAACGAUGCGAAGCCAAAGGAGGUUUCGUCAGUGAGUGAACCGGUCGCAAUGGAAACAUCCGACGAGAAUGGGUUGAGUGAAGUAGCUACAACCAAUCCUUUAGCGUCUUGUAUGGAUCAAGAUACGACGAACACGUUGUCAGAACCGAAGGCACUGGACGUAACUACCGAUACGGAUCACAUCGAGGCCGAACGCCCCACAAGCGAGAUGAACAAACCGGCGGUGGGGGAUGAGCAAAAGCAGGUGGAUGACAGCACGGCCUUCUGUAUUACUGCUUCCUUGGAGCCAGCACAAUCUCGGGCAGGACUUACAGUAUCGCCUCCAGAGUUCCGUCCUUUGACAGCAAGUUCUCAGUCUCUUGUGAUCCAGCUUAGCCCGGACGACUUUUCGCCGCAGACUCAAGGAGGUGACGCUGACACUAAAGCUUUGGCUUCUAGCAGUUUGCAGAACGCGAUCCAAGAAAUGAGGCGAAAGAUCGCCGAACGCGAGAAAGAGAAGACGAAUCGUCUUUCGCUAAGCGCUGCCACUCGGUUGUCGCAGCAAUCCUUCGAUACCUUGUCAAGUCUAGCGUUGUCGUCAACGUCGUCACAAGACAAGCAGGUGCUUGCUGAAUUUGCGCAGUUAGCAGAUGCCACGGCACUGUCUACAGAUGCAAGUGCGUCUGCUGAACGCACUGGGUUUUUACCUGCUGAAGUAAUCGUGGAUGGACUCGAGAACAAUAUCAGUGGUCAGACUGAAGCGAGUGUAAUGAAGGAGACGGUGCUGUCACCAGCUGAAGCCAAUUUGUCAGCGGAAACAACAGAAACAGCAACAGGUCAAGACUCCCAGCCGAAACCGGUGUUGGCGCCAGAAGCACUGAGUGAUACUUUAGGGGGUGUUGCGACGUUGACGAUUGCGGAUGACGUGGAACGGAGGGUAACAUGCAGAUCUAUCGCUACUGACAAGUCAGAGCCCCACAGUGCAACAGUUACUGACAGUGAGCUCGAUUUCGACGCCGUUCAAGCGGAGUACGAGCAAUGUGUGAAUGAGUACAAAGAAGCAGAAAUGCACAUUGCCCGAUUGUCACAUGAAAUGGCUCAGCUCGAAAAGCGGCUGCCUCAAUUUCGAUCAAUAGUGGAAGAAGAGUCAGGAAGGUGA